UUUCCCAUUCGGAUUUUUCUUUUUUCUUUUCUUAUUUUUUUGAUAUACAUAUAUAUUUAAUUUAUUUUUAGUGUUUGAUGAAGAAAGAGGGGUUUCAAUUUAGGGUUUCUUUGUCUCGUAAACCUAAUACGGGGCCGGUUUGAGAUCCAUUUGGAUAUUGCUGGUGGGAAGCUUUUGCUAGGGUUUCUGUUUCGGCGGUCCUUUUUUUUUUUCUGGUAUUUCGCAUUUGUCUGCUCUUACGGUCUCUGGGCUUUUAAUUUUGUUAUAAACUUUGGGUUGGAUUAUGAUUGAAUUGGAUUAAAUUGAGCUCCGGAGAAGGACGGAAUUUUUUUAAAUUAGGGUUUUAUUGAAUUGGGCAUAUGCAUUUCCUGUUAGGGUUUAUUUGUAUUUCCUGGGAAUUCUUUAAUUUUUUGCUAGGAAAGAAACGAGAAAAAGAAAAGAUUUUGGGCUCAAUGUUACUGGGCUGAACAGAAUAUUUGGAAGAUCAGACUUUUAUGUGAUUUUUUUGCUGAAUUUUGGAAGGGGCGAAUUUUGAAUAAAGAAAAAGUUGCUAUGUGCAGAAUUUGUGGGUUGAUAAGCUUAUGGCACCUACUGUUCCCAUAGAGUACAGUGGACAGAGGGAAUUGAACUUGAUUUCGACAAAGGGUGGAAUAGGCAAAAUGAUGGGGAAGUCCCGGAAAGUUUCAAAAGGAUUUUCAUCCGGUUUUGUGCCAGAUUAUCGCCAUGCGGUCGAGACCAUGGCUGAAUCGGAAGGGUUUGGAAGUUCAGGGAGAGUGGAUACAGAAAUGACUGCAUCUGAGGAUUCAUGUGCUCCGAAGAGGAAGUGCGUGAAUUUGAAUGACCGAGAAGGUUGUGAUAGAUUCAGUGUGCCUAUUCACGUUUUGCCACUGUCUAAGAUGUCUCGCUCACAGAGGAAAGAUAUGGAGCUGAGGUUGAGAAAUGAACUUGAGCAAGUCAGGAUUUUGCAGAGAAGAAUUACGGCUAUGAGCUCGUUAAGUUUGAAUGCAGUUGUCCAUUCACCUGCUAGUGAUAUACACAGUUGCACUGAUGGCCAGAGGAGACCUCCUGUGGAGAGUUUUCGGAGGCCUGUGAAGGAAGUGCCUACUCCACCUGGAAAGAAAAAAGGUCCUCCUGGAAGAAAUGGGCCCCGUACCAAAGGAGCAGGUGCUAAACGCAGUGAGCCUGCAAAGCAGACUUUGCCUUCUGAUCCAAGCAACUUAAUGUUGAUGAAACAGUGUGAGGCGCUUCUAAAUCGAUUGAUGGGGCAUGAAUUCAGUUGGGUAUUCAAUAAACCAGUUGACGUUGUGGAGUUAAAUAUUCCUGAUUAUUGCAAUGUUAUCAAGCAUCCGAUGGAUUUUGGGACAAUAAAGGCCAAGUUGCUAUCUGGUCAGUAUUCAGAUCCAUUGGGUUUUGCUUCUGAUGUGAGACUUACUUUGACAAAUGCAAUGACUUACAAUCCACCAGGAAAUGAUGUCCAUUUCAUGGCUAAGACACUCGGUAAAUUCUUUGAAAUGAGAUGGAAGUCUAUUGAGAAGAAGAUUCCUGCAGCGGUUGAAGAAAUUUUGCCUCCAAAUUCUGGUGCUAUGAUAGAUAGGGGGACUGCUAUUGCGAUGCCUCCUUCUAAGAAGGCAAAAAGUACUCCUGUAGAGAACAUAAAGAAGCCAGAAAACAAAGUUAAGCAAGAAAAUAUCAAGAGGGUUAUGAGUGAUGUUGAGAAGCAGAAGCUUAGUGCAGAUCUGGAGCCCUUAUUAACAGAUUUACCGGAUCAUAUAGUUGACUUCUUGAAGGAGAGUAGUUUCAAUGCAAGUCAAGCGAGUGAGGACGAGAUUGAGAUUGAUUUGGAUGCCCUAGGCGAUGAUACCUUGUUCACGUUACGGAAGCUUUUAGAUGAGUAUUUAAUGGAUAAACAGAAAAACCAGGGAAAAGAUCCACAGGCUGUAGAGGUUCACAAUGAGUCAGGCUUUAGCAAUUCGUUUCUUCAACCUCAAAAAGGAGAUGAGCCAGCUGAUGAAGACAUAGAUAUUGGCGGUAAUGAUCCGCCCUCAUCUAGCUUCCCUCCUUUAGAGAUUGAGAAGGAAACUAUCCAUAGGAACAGCAAAUGCAGUGGUUCGAGUAGCUCCAGUAGUGAUUCAGAUUCAGACACUGGAAGUUCUUCUAGUGGUGAGUCGGAUGCUGCGAAAGAUCUUGCUGUUCUGGAACCCUCCAAGGACAACUUAGGUCAUGGGGAAAAUUUAGAGCAAAAGACAGGUGAUCCAGAAACUGCAGAAACUAUAAGUGGGCUUGCCAGGCAGAAUCCAGAGUCAAUUUUGGAUCCUGUUGAGUCUGGAUGCCAUCAAGAGGCUGAGAGUGCUCCACAAGAGAGGCAGGUCUCGCCUGAAAAGCAAUAUCGUGCAGCUUUAUUGAGAAGCCGUUUUGCAGAUACUAUUAUAAAGGCUCAAGAGAAGGCUCUUGAGAAGGGUGAAAAGUUGGAUCCUGAGAAAUUACGGAGGGAAAGAGAGGAUCUUGAAAGACGGAGGAAAGAAGAAAAAGCUCGUCUGCAAGCAGAAGCUAAAGCUGCAGAAGAUGCAAGAAGAAAAGCAGAAGAAGAAGCAGCUGCAGAAGUGAGACGGAAAAGAGAACUUGAAAGGGAAGCAGCCCGUCAAGCUUUGCAGCAGAUGGAAAAGACAGUUGACAUCAAUGAGAACAGUCAGUUUAUGGAAGAUCUGGAGAUGUUCAGAUCUGCUCCAGAUGAACAAUUAGUGAACUUCAUAGAGGAGACUAGUCCAGAACACUCCCAAACUGGUCUUGGUAGUUUCAAAUUUCAGGGAAGCAGUAAUCCAUUGGAGCAACUUGGUUUAUACAUGAAGAAGGAUGAUGAAGAAGAAGAAGAAACUGAUGUCCAUAGCGUUCCAGAUGCAUCAGAUGAUCCAGAGGAAGGAGAGAUUGAUUAAAUGAGAUAUUUGGUGUUGUAUUUGCAACUGCACUAUGAUGCUUGAGUCAUGGGACUAAGGCUGUUCAUUCCUUUUUGAAGACUCAAGGAGUAAUCUUUGUUAUGGCCUGUCAGGGGGUGAGAGAUCCUGGAAAAGUAAAAUGGAUUUUUCGAGGGCAGAACUCCCCUUGCUGCUCUUGGCCGUGUUGUUGAUUUCUCUGAUUGUACAGUGAUGAUUUGGGGAAAAUGAUUUACUGCACUUGUCUAAAUCACCCCCAGCCCCAAGAGGUCUUGCGGAGUGCAACCUUCGGAUGUUUUGUUUUUUCGUUUUCUAGUUUUUUUUUUUAAUCUUUCUUUUCUAUUAUUUCAUUUCAUCGGUUUUGUGUAUUUGCCUUAGACGGGAAUGGAAUGGUAGCUAGUAGUCACCUGUCUUCAGCAUUUGCACGUAGGAAUGAACGUGGUGCUGAGCCGGGAGCAGUUUUGUUACAUGCUAUACGUGUCAGCUUUAGGAUGAUUAGGAACAUUUGUAAUACGAGAUCAGUGCCUAACAUUCUAACAUUCGUAAUCUCUCUCAUCUUUUCUCCUUG